AUGGUCGAUGCAAAAAGUCUGCACCAGAUUAUCCUCGACACUGGCCACCACCAACCCGCCGCGGAUCAAGGGUUCACCGCGGGUGCCUCCGCCGCUGCAAUGCCUAUGAGUGGGCCUCUACCGCCGCCGCCGUUAGGUCUCAGGCUCGACGGUGGUCAGGAAAUGGCCACCAACAAGCGGACGCACCACCAACAAUCGUCGAUGCUUGGUGCAGCCCAAGCGCAACAACAACCGAUCGUUGUUGAUCACAACCUGCGCAAUCAUGCGGAAAAGGUGUGUACUACUUCAAGGGAGCAGAGGCAGAGGCACAUCAGUAUGAUGAUAUCCACCGUGGUGGCCAGGGCGAGGAAGCAGCUCGAGGCCAAGGACCAGGAGAUCGAGUGGAUCAGGAGCAUGAAUUGGGCACUCAAGGAGCGCAUCAGGAACCUCCACAUCGAGGCUCAGGCGUGGCGCAACGUUGCGCAGUCCAACGAGACCGUGGCCAAUGUUCUCCGCGCCGACCUUCAGCAAGUGCUCGAGCAGCAAGCGGUUCGUGGCAGUGGCAGCAACGACAGUGAGGACGCCGCCGGAUCGUGCUGGGGGGAGAAACAUGUGGCUUUUUGCAGGGAGGAGCAGGAGGAGGAGGAGGGUGAGACGCCAGGAGUGGAGCCCCGAGUGACAGAAGUCGAAAUGUGCAAGGGGUGCGGGCAGAGCGCCCCCGUUGUGCUAGUGUUGCCGUGCAGACACCUCUGCGUGUGUGCGCCAUGCGCAGAAGCGGCACAGGUAUGCCCAUCGUGCAUAUGCGUCAAGACUGGUAGUAUCAGCGUCAACUUCUCGUGA